UAAACCGGGAGUGCGCCGCGUCCGUUCACCGCCGCCUUAGAUGAAUGUGGCUGUUGGAAGCUGCGUGAGUGAACGGGAGGGUCGCCGCUGGUUAGAAUAAUCCAGAAUGGCUACUCUAAUCUAUGUUGAUAAGGAAAAUGGAGAACCAGGCACCCGUGUGGCUGCUAAGGAUGGGCUGAAGUUGGGGUCUGGACCUUCAAUCAAAGCCUUAGAUGGAAGAUCUCAAGUUUCAACACCACGUUUUGGCAAAACGUUCAAUGCUCCACCAGCCUUACCUAAAGCUACAAGAAAGGCUUUGGGAACCGUCAACAGAGCUACAGAAAAGUCUGUAAAGACCAAGGGACCCCUCAAACAAAAACAGCCAAACUUUUCUGCCAAAAAGAUGACUGAGAAGACUGUUAAAACAAAAAGCUCUGUUCCUGCCUCAGAUGAUGCCUAUCCAGAAAUAGAAAAAUUCUUUCCCUUCAAUCCUCUAGACUUUGAGAGUUUUGACCUGCCUGAAGAGCACCAGAUUGCGCACCUCCCCUUGAGUGGAGUGCCUCUCAUGAUCCUUGAUGAGGAGAGAGAGCUUGAAAAGCUGUUUCAGCUGGGCCCCCCUUCACCUGUGAAGAUGCCCUCUCCACCAUGGGAAUCCAAUGUGUUGCAGUCUCCUUCAAGCAUUCUGUCGACCCUGGAUGUUGAAUUGCCACCUGUUUGCUGUGACAUAGAUAUUUAAAUUUCUUAGUGCUUCAGAGUUUGUGUGUAUUUGUAUUAAUAAAGCAUUCUUUAACAGAU